AUGGUUUAUUUUUUGCUUUUCGUCGGAGUAUCAAACAGGUUGAGUGAUGAACUUGAUACGAUGCCGUAUUGUGCACGAUUUGUAGCCGAGUCUGCCAAUAAUACAUCAACUUGCAUUCGAGAUCAAAGAAUCGUAAAUCUAUCUUAUAUUGAUGACUACUUAGUUGAGUUUUAUAAAUGA